CCACGUCACGUUUGUUUUGGCCAGUGUUCGCGGUCGGCCAGAGCUGGGCCCCGGAGGCAGCCCUGUUCCAAAAAGAAAGCAAUCACGUUUCCCCGGGUUCAAACUCUUCGGGACAGAUUAGCGAACCCCCUCCACGAUUGCAGUCUCAGACCAAUUUGCCUAUGUAGCGGACGACACACUAGCCGAAUAAUUUAGUUUUAAUCGUCAUGCUACCGGCCUAAUGCUCCACCAGUUAAAUUCCACACUGGCACUAUAAAGGUGUCUCUUUCAAAACCGUUAAAUAGUCCCCCUAUCAGAUAGUCCCUCCAUUAAAAACUCAUUUUCCAGUUUUGUGCCUCCUGACCAACACAAACGUGUUUUGGUCACGUGGUUGCGGGGUGGGGUUAACAGGUAGGCGCGAUGCAUGAGUUUUUCCGUUUAUAAAGUGCAACAUUGCACUUGCUGGUUGUCACUACUGCCGUGUGCUCUCAAGACAACAUGGAUUUCGAUUUGGCUUCAGCUGUAGGUAAAGAUGAUCAGGUGAAAAAGGAUGAUGCCUCUGGCCAGGAACAGAAUGCCCUAUUUGGGUGGGGGAAGAAGAAGGACAAAGAUGGGGAUAAGAGUGUGUCCAAGGACAAAUCAAAGGACCAUGACAAAUCGAAGGACUGUAACAAAUCAAAGGACCAUGACAAAUCGAAGGACCAUAAGGAGGACAAAGACAAGUCUAAGAAACAUGGUGACAAGAAGGACAAAGGUCACAAGAAGAAAGACAAGAAGCCCAAGGAGCAUAAGGACAAAGAUGAUGGGUCAUCAUCUUCCUCUUCCAGCAGUGAUGAGGAUGAAGGCAAGAAGAAGCAUCACUGAUUCUGGUGCUGUGAGGAGGUGCUACUGCCAGUGAACUCUUACAAUGUUUUCUACUGCAGUGUUGCCUGCAUGAUAUUUACUCUGUACUGUUUCCUUGUUGAUCCUGAUCAUGUUUUGAUGUGCCAGACUGUAAAGUAGUGGUUUUACAACAGCACAUUAAAUAACACAACAACCAGGAUAUA